AUGCUCCCCCUAGUCCUUCUUCUCCCCCUCUUAUCGUCGGCUCUCCAGCCGUCCGCCCCGGAUCCUAUCGCCGCUCCUCUGCGGGACCUGACAUGGGGUCAACUCAACUUCCUGCACACCACCGACACGCAUGGCUGGCUGGCCGGCCAUCUCCAAGAGCCCUCCUAUGCGGCAGACUGGGGCGAUUAUGUCUCCUUCACCACCCGGAUGCGAGAGAAGGCGGAUGCGCAAGGCGCCGAUCUUCUCGUUAUCGAUACCGGUGAUAGGGUGGAAGGCAAUGGCCUCUAUGAUUCCUCCGAACCCAAAGGAGUAUACAUCUCCGAGAUCUUACGACAACAGCAUAUUGACUUGAUGUGUUCGGGGAACCAUGAAUUAUACCAAGAGAAUACCUCGCUGGCCGAGUUCUUCAACACCGUUCCCAACUUCCGCGGGAACUAUCUCGCGUCGAACAUUGACAUCAUCCAUCCCACCACGGAAGAGCCCGUCCCGCUAGCUCCCCGAUACAAGAAGUUCACCACCAAGAACCAGGGGAUCCGUAUCGUAGCAUUUGGCUUUCUCUUCGACUUCACAAAGAACUAUAACAACACGAUUGUCCAACCAGUAGAGGAUACCAUCAAAGAAGACUGGUUUCAGGAAGCCAUCCGGGACAAAGAUGUCGACCUCUUUCUGGUCAUCGGGCAUGUGCCCGUCCACUCCACAGAAUACGAUGCCAUCUUCAAGGAGAUUAGGGCAAUCCGUUGGGACACUCCGAUCCAGUUCUUUGGCGGCCAUCAGCAUAUCCGCGACUUUGCUCGCUAUGACUCGAAGGCGUACGGACUGGCGAGCGGUCGGUUUAUGGAAACCAUUGGCUUCAUGUCCAUUGACGGUCUGUCCACUCAUCGCCAACGGAUCAAGCCCGCCUUGACGUCCCCUAAAUUCCACCGUAUGUAUAUCGACAAUAACCUUUUCUCCUUCUACCACCAUACUGGUCUCGAGAACGAGACGUUUCCCACGCCACACGGUCAAAAUGUGUCGCAACUCAUCAAAGAAUCAAGAAACGCCCUUCACCUCGAUGAAGUUUACGGAUGUGCGCCUCGGGACUUGUGGAUGUCGCGCGUGAGAUAUCCUAGUGACGAAAGUAUCUACACUUGGCUGGAGAAGGAGGUCCUUCCCCAGUCGUUAAAAGACGAGUCACGAGCAGGGAAACCAGCCCUUGCGGUGGUCAAUACUGGAGCUAUCCGGUUUGAUAUAUUCAAAGGCCCCUUUACCCGGGAUACUACCUAUAUAGUGUCACCAUUCACAAGUGGCUUCCGCUAUCUGAGAGACGUUCCUUACGACAAAGCAAGGUUGGUCGUCGAUGUACUAAACAAACAACCGCAGAUUCUCAACACCGCCAAUAUACCUUUCUCGGGGAGACCGGUUCCUUGGACCCUCGCACCUCCGGAACAGUCAGCAUAUGCUCAGGAUGUAGUCGCAGAGGAUGAUCCGAUGCGGCCCAGCGAGGUACAGAUCCAGCUGCCAGCCGAUCAAGCCCCUCUAUCAAGCCACAGUUCAUCCAGGCCGCCUCUCGUCCCUGGAUACACCACAGCCGACGAUGGUGGAACUGACGGUGAUGACACUAUCCAUUCGCCCAUCUCGUUUUACCGGGUGCCGAACUGCAUUCAGUCAUUGAUAUCCUCGGACCCAUCCGCAACUCCCGACACAGUGGACCUCGUGUACAUUGACUUUAUCGAACCUUAUGUCGCUCUGGCGGCCAGAUACGCGGGCCUGGAUGUUGACUUUCCAGGAGAGAGCGAUGUACUGGAUCAAAGAGAACUGGGCUUGUGA